CACACAUAUACACAUAUAUAAUAUCUAAUUAAAGUACAGGCAAAAUAUUUCAAAGAAAAAAAAUGCGUAGGACACAAAUGUUGUAAAAUGUACAUUAAGUAUUAUAAUAAAAUAAUAAUUUUAAUAUUAUAAUAUAAUAAUAAUCUCAUGUAUAUCAAUAAUGUAUAUUGUUAUAUUUAGUCAAUGCCGGAUGAAUUAAAUUUCGGAAUUCAGGCUUACAAAGAUAUGAAAGAAUUAAAUUUUCACUUGUUUAACUUGAGUUCCGUAAACAUUCAUUAUAAAAUGACAUAUAGUCAUUGCAAUUGGCUACAUAUCGGGAAUCUAGAGCGUGAUGUAAAAAUACAUCCAGUUGCGGACACUGUUCUUGCCGGAGAAGAUAAAGUCAUUACAGUUUUUAUCACACCUACUACGCCAGGUUAUUAUGAGUUUUUUGUGCAAUAUUUUGUGAGGAUAAGGUCUGAUACAAAUACAUUGAUUCCGAAACAGAUAGCAAGGAAUAUCUGUAAAGUGCGUUGCUUAUGUAUAUUGCCUACUCUAAAGGUGACAGAUUUGCAAUAUUGCGGAUCCUAUCCAAACAUAAGUAAAGUUUUUCUUUGGAAACUGAUGAAAGUGAAUGAGUACAUAAAAUUUUAUUCAAUUAUUUUAUAAACAUAAUUCAUAUAGUUUUAAUGCAUGUAUGUAUGCAUUUUUAGGCUCAAUAUGUUACUCAAAAAUUUACAAUCGACAAUGUCACAAACAUUGUACAUAAACUUUCCGGCAAUAAUUUUACAAGAAAACCCGAUUGUGGUAAAAUUGCUUUUAACAAACGCAACUGCAGUAAAUGCUUCAUGGAAUAUAAAAAAAGUGCAACUCUGUUCUUGCCAGCCAGUUGCAAAAAGCCAAAGCUUUAAAUUUCAACAAAGUACAAAGUAUGAUUGCCUGCAUAGAAAAGUGUGUUCUAUACAGCCAAAAAUCCAAAAUCUAAAAGUACCCCUCAUAAUGUUAUAAUAAUUUUUUCAUUUAUCUUAUUUUUAUUUAUUUAUCUUCUAACUUAUUUAUUUAAUAUCAUUUUUAUACAAAACACAGCCAAGAGAAAAGCUCUGGAUAACGCUAGAGUUGCAUUACGCAUUGUUAGGAAAGACCGAGACAAAGUGGGAUUUAAAUCUUGGAAAUAAUCGUCAUAUUUUUUUGAUUAUGACAAUUGAAUGUUUAUCCGAUUCCGAUAAUAAGCUUCACCUUUUAAACGGCACGCAUUUUAAAUUCCAGCAUGUUUAUUUUGGUGAAAAAGAUCCUAUUUAUCAGGUUAUUUUCAGUUUAAAGUACAACAAUAUUUAAAAAUACAAUAAAGAUACAUUAUAUUUAAAGAUACAAUAAUGUUCUUAAUAAAAAAAUUUUAAUAAAACUUUAAUAAAACUUUAAUAAACUUAACGU